AUGCCGCCCAAGACUAGUGGUAAAGCUGUAAAGAAAUCUGGCAAAGCCCAGAAGAACAUCACCAAGUCUGACAAGAAGGGCCGCAAGAAGAAGAGGAAGGAAAGUUACGCUAUCUACAUUUACAAGGUGCUAAAACAGGUCCACCCUGACACCGGUGUUUCCUCCAAGGCCAUGAGCAUCAUGAACAGCUUUGUCAACGAUAUCUUCGAACGUAUUGCUGCUGAAGCUUCCAGACUCGCUCACUACAACAAGCGUUCCACCAUCACUUCACGGGAAAUUCAAACAGCUGUCCGUCUUCUGUUACCCGGUGAAUUGGCCAAACACGCCGGGUAUCACAGGAGAGGGGAAACGUUGAAUGAAAGUACAGAAUGCAGGAGAAGGGGAAAUGCUCGCAUAGCAAGUCUAACAUAUCCUAAAGAGUGGGGAGGGUUGAGAAUUGCCGAAUAG